CCUGUGUGUCUCUGCUGUCCCCAGCUGCAUCCCGGAUGACCCCCGGUGUCCCCGCUGCAUCCUGCCAUGUCCCUGGUGACACCGCGCAGGGACAGGGCUGGGGACAUCCCAGGCGAGCCAGCGAUGUCGGAGAGCGUGGCCGAGACACCGGGGGACACGGGGGACACCCGGAGCCCCGUGGCACCGGGCGAGACGGGCACCAGCCAGGAGCUGCUGCAGCGGCUGCGGCAGCUGGAGGCAGAGAACUCAGCCCUGGCCCAGGCCAACGAGAACCAACGGGAAACCUACGAGCGGUGCCUGGACGAGGUUGCCAACCAUGUCGUGCAGGCACUGCUCAACCAGAAGGACCUGCGUGAGGAGUGCAUCAAGCUGAAGAAACGGGUCUUCGACCUGGAGAGGCAGAACCAGGCACUCAGUGAACUUUUCCAGCAGAAGUUGCAGCUCUCGGCCGGGUCCCUGCCCCAGCUGACGCUGCACCCACUGCCGGUGUCCCCGGACGCCCCAUCCAGCCCCCCACCAGGACCCACUGAGGACCCCCCCCAUCUGCUGCCCCCCAGCCGCUGCAUCCCCCCCCUUGAGGUGACCCCCUUGGUGCCAUCGGGCAGCCCCGGGCUCAGCCCUGGUGCCCCCCCCUUGGACGCCCUCUCCCCCUUCUUCAAGAAGAAAGCUCAGAUCCUGGAGGUGCUGCGCAAGUUGGAGGAGACCGACCCCCUGCUGGGACCCCCCCCGGCCUCCCCCGGCUCCCCGGAGCUCUGUGCCCCCCCAGCCUGGCCCCCCUGCCCACUGCGGGGGUCCGGGGCUGCCGGGGGAUGGCGGGGGGCGGAGGGCAGCCCCUGCUCCUCACCGGAGGAGCACCGCGGCGACCAUCCCGCCUUCCUGGGGCUUUACCCUGAGGAGACCCCCGAGGUGGGGGGGGGGCUGACCCCGCUCUCUCCCGAGGGAGACGCCGACCCCCUGCCCUCCCCCCCGAAGGUGCUGAAACUGCCGGGACCCCCCGGGGGGCUGCGCCUCAGCCCUCAGCUCCCCCGCGCCUCCCGCAUUCCCUGCCGGGGGGGCAACCCCGAGGCUUCCCCGGGGCUCAGCCGCCGCACCUCCCCCGACGCCCCCCCGGAGCCCAUCUCCCCCGAACCCCCCCUUCUCCCCCCACCACGCGCCUACGAGGCAGCCGAGCAGCUCCCCGGCCCCCCGGGACCCCCCGGCAGGGGGGAGCGAGCGGCCGCCUCCCCCCCCAGCACCCGUCGAGGCACGGGGGGCUCGGCCCCCUCCCGCCGGCCGGGCAAGAAGCCCCCCGAGCCAGGCUACCUGCCCUUCAAGGAGCGUCUGGCAGCCCUGGGCAAACUGCGGGGGGCUGAGGGCCCCCCCGGCCCGGGGCGGCCCGAGCGAGGGCCCCCCCGGGGGGGUUUGGGGGGCAGCCUGAAGCACCCCGAGCCGGCGCACGGCGGGGAGCCCCUUGCCCGCUGCUACUCCUCCGGCUCCAUGGGCGACCCCGGCAAAGCGGGGGGCAAGGGGCGACCGUCGGGCGGGCGGACCCCUCCCCGAGCCCCCCCGGCUCCCCCUUCCAAAUCCCCCCGCAGCCCCCACGGCAGCCCCACCAAGCUGCCCACCAAGACGGGCGCUGGCAAAGCCGGGACCCCGCGGGGCGAGGAGAACCCCAAAGCCUCGGGGGGACCCCGCAAAGCGCCGGCAGCCACCGACCCCCGGGUCGGGACCAAACCCCCCCCCCCCACGUCGGGCACCGCCUCCAGCGGGCACUCGGCCAUCGAGGAGAAGGUGAUGAAGGGCAUCGAGGAGAACGUGCUGCGGCUGCAGGGACAGGAGAGGGCACCGAGCGGAGAAGCCAAGGGGAAGGGGGCGGGGGGCUUGGCCAGCUGGUUCGGGUUGCGCCGGAGUAAGCUGCCGGCUCUGAAUCGCCGCGGGGAUGGCGGCCGAGGCCGGGAUUGGGUCGGAACCCCGGCGCCGUUACGUCGGGAGGUGAAGUUGGCGGCUCGGAAGUUGGAAGCGGAGAGUUUGAACAUCUCCAAGCUGAUGGAGAAGGCGGAGGAUCUGAGGAAAGCCCUGCGGGAGGAGCACGCGUUCCUGCAGGGGCUGGCGCUGGAGAAGGGGCGGCCACGAGGGUCCCCCCGAGGUCCCGGCCACCUCCCCGUCAUCUACCAGGAGGUGACAGCCGAGACCUUCAUGCAGCAGCUGCUCGACAGGGUGGACGGGAAGGAUGUCCCCUACGAGAGCCGCCUGGAGCACAAGCGGGAGCUCUGCGACCUCCGCCGGGUUCCCCCCGACACCAAAGACCCCCGGGGCUGCCGCCCCCCCCGCAACGGCAUCGUGGGACACCUGCGGGAGCCCCCUGACAAGGUGCCCAACGUGGGUCUCCGGGAGGAGCUGCCCUCGGAUGAGAGUUUGUCUGAGUCAGGGACAUCGCAGCACUUUGCAGCAGCUUGUGGGUCGCUGACGAGGACGUUGGACAGCGGGAUCGGGACCUUCCCCCCCCCGGAUUAUGGGGGGGUCCCCGCUAAGAGCACCCCCAAACCGCGGGCCCCCCCCCUGACCAAAGUGCCACGCAAGGCUCGGACACUGGAGCGGGAGGUGCCCCACGCAGAGGAGCUGCUGGGGGGGGGCAAACACCGCAGCCCCCCCGCCUGCCGCCCCCCUGGGACCCCCGCCCCGCACGGCCACCGCACCGGGACUCAAGCCCCUGAUGAGGCCGGGGGGAGGCCACGACGUGUCCAGCAGAGCAAGAACUGGACCUUCCCCAACGCCAGAGCCUGCGGAGCCCCCGACCCCUUCCUCUGCCCCCCCGGGGGCUUGGAGGGGCUGCACCGCCCCACACUGGCCCCCGUUUGCAGCCCGGGGGGACGUCGAGGGGGUUCCCCGGGGGCUCCCCCCCCGCUGCCCCCCACCCUGAGCGCCAGCAGCAGCCGGACCCCCAGCGCUUCGGAUGUGGGGGAGGAGGGGAGCACGGAGGUCAGGUCCCAGGAUGGGGGGGGACACGGCCCCCCCGGGUUGGAGCACUCCGAGUCCCUCAGCGAUUCCCUCUAUGACAGCCUCUCCUCCUGUGGCAGCCAGGGAUGAGCCCCCCCUUUCCCCCCCCCCGUGUUCAUGUCUUCCACCCACACCCCAAAAUCCUUCAGUCCCACUCUGGGGGUGCUCCAGGGUGUGUGUGUGGGGGGGUCCUGGUGCCCUUCCUCCCCCCACGCCCCCCCCCCUCUCCCAGGUCACUCCAAUGGUGCUAUUACCAUGUACAGCCCCCACCUCUGGGUUUUUAACUCAAUAAAUGUUCCCCCCCCC